AUGCGUCUCGCAAUCGUCUCACUUCUGGCCCUCGUUACGGCCGUUGCUGCCACCGUAGUCCCCGACGCCAAUGAACUGGAAAGCCUUGCGCGUCCACGAACCAUACCGUGCCUAGAUGGCGCGAUACUGCAACAAACCCUCAACCAAUGCCAGAUCCGCUCCUCCGAUGGCUCCUACAUUGCCGACGAGGUCUGCGCCUCGACUUACUGCACAGAUGGGAAAUGCGCCGAAUCCGCCCAGGGAAAGCCGUGCGACAGCGCCAAAGACUGUGCCUUUCGCCCUGGGAGCGUUGACGUCCCCUGGCUCUGCCCGGCCGACAAAAAGAUUUGCCACCAAAAGCAACUUGCGACCGGCAAAUCCUGCACCGACAAUGAGGAGUGCCUUCAUAACCAGUGCACUAAUGCCAAGUUACGCGACCCGCGGGUACGGAAUUUUUCGAAUGCGACAAUGACUCCCAGUGCAAGUCAGACUUGGUCUGUCGAUAUGCAUAGUUCGGGAGUGAGAAGCAAAAGCAAUGCUCUCCACCCCCGGAGCCAAGAGUGA